AUGGCCAAGCAGGCUUGCAGUAGAGUCGCUGCAGGGCGGCGAAAGGGCAAGGUGAUCCGCUGUGUUUUUCCCGAUGGGCGCGAUGAAGUCCGCUUUGUGGCAUUGAACCUCAAGCUGGGAUGCCUCGAUUUUUUCGAAGUUUUCAUUGACAACGAUGAGAAGGUGACACUGGGCGAGGCCACGCGCGCGCCAUUUGCUGCCAUAAAGGUGGCGGGUGCAGAUGGAAAUGUUGUUAGGAUCUCCAGCCAGUCUGGAAUGCUCGUGGAGAUGACCUUCGCACAAGGCCCAGGCCAUGCAAAAGCAUGGGCUGACUUCAUCAACCAGGCCCGUAAGGCUGACACCUCCAAGUUGCCCCAAGAAGGAGCAGGACUUGGUGCUCAGCUGAGGGCUGCGGUUGCCAAGCAAGAGGAGCAGGUGCGCCUUUUGGAAGCCCUGGUGCAGCGCAAGGGCGAGCAGCAGCAGCAGCUGCAAGCACACCUCGAGGGGUUACUCGAAAGACUCGAUCUCGGUCGAGAGCUCUUUGCGGAGCAGGAGCAAGUCCCGUCCUUGGAGCCGUUUCCUUUUCCUCUGCGGGUGGACCGAAAACGGCCUGUGAGCAAAAUGCCAUGCAAGCCGCAGCCGGCCGUCGCGCCGCAGCCAGGGCUGGGUCGAGUGGACUCCUUGCGCAAGACGCUGAUGACGCAACGAAAAAGUGGCCUCUGCUUAGUUUUUAUUUAA